AGUUUGGCGGAGCGACGAAGGAGGGCAGCCAGGAAGCGAGGGGGAGGCACAUGAGGAGGUGGUGGGGGCUGCUGAAGUGGAUGAGUGGGUUCGGUUCGUGCCUACAGCUGGUAAGAUGGCACUAAGGAGGGCAGCAAUGAGAGAGGUAUCGGUUGUGGAGAGAGGCAGGCUGACGUGUUCCGCAGGAAGCAUGCAGGGCGGGCAGCUAAGGCGGCAUACCGGUAUACGGUAUGGUGCCGAGGGGCUGAGCCAUGCGCGCAUGAAAACAUGUGCUGGUACCGGUAUGUGCUCGUAAAAGCGUAUAAAGGUAUACACGACUCUUAUCCUCGCGAGUGCCCAAGCGGCUGACGGGGCUGCUGUCCGCAGUGCACAGAAAAGGUCCGCCAGUGCACGUGCCCAUCUCCUGCGAAGGGGGAAAACGAGACGGUCGUAGACCUUGCCUCUCGUUUCUAAUCGGUUGUGAAGGCAUGGUAGCUGUGCAGGCUCUUAGGUAUGAGGUCACCGGCGGACGAGGCGUGUGAGAAGCAGCUUGAGUGCAAGCAAAUGGCAUGAGCAGUAGCAGCAGUAGCAUGACCGAAAUGAACGCGGUCCUUUGUAGAUGUGUAUAACGGCAUCAUUGUAUUAUGGUCUCUAGUAUGACUUGUUCAUGUUUGCCUGAGGUUAACGCCAGACCGAACUAUCCUGUAACGACGCUCGUCGAAUGAACCCGAGUCACGCUUCGCAAUGAAGGUUGGGAAGCGUUGUUGCCAGCAUUGUUAAUCCAAAAUCUCUAGACGUGGCGUGCAGCCUAACCCACCAACUAUGUUAUGUAAGAGCUCUACUGCUUGCUCGUACGUAACAUACUUGGAUCAGACACUCUUGGGAGUUUCUUGCCAUCCGGCUGCGCAAGCCAUUAUUGUACAUGGUAUCUCGGUAAUCACAUUCGUCGAAAUGGCGCACUGAAUGUAACCCUUUCCAUGUUGGAUGGGCACCGUUUUCGGCUUAUCGCAGUGCACUAGACAUUAGGAUUUAGGUGAUUUUCACACAAAGCUCUAUGAUACAGUGUCAAAUAUAGCACUGGUAAUAGCGGUGGCAACAACAGCAGCAACACCCCCAGCGACAUUGGCAAUGGCAGCGAGCAUGGAUGGCAACAGCACCGAUGUCUUCCCCAUCACGGCCCGCACGUAUGCUCGCGCGGGGCUGUUCGGCAACCCCAGCGACCAGUACGGCGGCCGCACAAUCGCCCUCUCGCUCGCCAACUUCUUUGCGGAGGUGACGCUCACCCCCAACCCCGCCUCAGACCCCCCCUCCCCUGCCGUACGCAUCGCGCCGCAUCCCGUGUACGACAGCAGCGAGUACGGCAGCAUGGAGGAUCUGGAACGUAGGACGAGCACGCAGGGACUGUACGGAGGAGUACGACUGCUCACGGCCACCUGCAACCGCUUCGUCAAGUACUGCCGGCAGCACAACAUCCCCCUGCAGCAGCAUGCAGACCGGGGUUUCACGCUGUCGUACGACACCAACAUUCCUCGUCAGACGGGGCUAGCGGGCUCAUCAGCAAUCAUAUACUCGGCCCUGCAGUGCCUGCUGCGCUGGUACGGCAUCUCCGCCGUACAGCUGCCUCCUGCCGUACACCCCUCCCUGGUGCUGGCGGUGGAGGCGGAGGAGCUGGGGGUGGCGGCGGGGUUGCAGGACAGGGUCGUGCAGGUGUACGGAGGGGCCGUACACAUGGACUUUAGGCCUAAUGAGGAGGCAGCAGCGGGGGCGGCAGCGACCCAUGGGUCACCAGCGGCGGCGUCUGCUGUAGCAUUUGCCAACGGUCGUUACCGUCGGUUACCUGCUUCGCUGCUGCCGCUGCACCUGAUGUGGGUCAUGUACUCGGACAACCCCAGUGAGAGCGGAAAGGUGCACAGUGGGGUCAAGGCGAGGUGGCUGGCCGGGAAUCCGCAGGUUCGUUCGCUCAUGUCCCAAGUUGCUUGCUGCGCGGACGAGGGGCUAAGGCUGCUGCUGGCGUACAAUGAAAAGAAAGCACAGACGACACCGCAUCAGCAGCAGCAGCCACAAGAAGGACAACAGGAGCAGGAAGAGGAGGGCCAACCACGGCCGCAAUCACCACCAGGGGAACAGCAGCAGAAGCAUGCGGUUGAUGACCAGACGGACGAGUGGCAUCAGCAGCGGUUGCGACGGUUGGCAGACCUCAUGACCGCCAACUUCGAGCUGCGACGUGCGCUGUUCGGAGACGAGGUGUUGGGCGCUCGGAACCUGCGCAUGGUGGAGCUGGCCAGGUCUGUGGGCGCUGGCGUGAACUUCAGCGGCAGUGGCGGAGCGGUGGUGGUGCUGUGCCCGGGGGGCCGGCAGCAGGCGGCGGCGCUGGCUCAGGCGGCGGAGGGGGAGGGGUUCGUGUUGGAGCCCGUGAGACUGGGGCCGGAGAGGGAGUGGCUGCCGGACCUGGGGGAGAAGAAGGAAGGGGAAGGGGAGGAAGAGGUGGAGCAGCAGCAGGGGGAGGAGAAGGCGUUCGGGCAAGCAGAGGUGACAGGGUGCUGAAAUGUACGACGGCGACUCGGCAUGGACUGUUUAAAGGCGGCUUGGAUCGUUGACAAUUGUACGUCUUGGUCCGUACGUGUAGGCAUCGCAGCAGUAGGGGCAUACAUGGGGGCGGGUUGAGGAGGGUGGGGAUGCGGCAUCUGCAUACGU